UGAUGAGUCGGCGGAGUCGGCGGAGCGGCGAGAGCAUUCCCCAGCUAGCUCUUCUCCACGAAAUCUGCGUUGCAUGAGCGCGUAAACCGAAACUAACGAAUGACUCGCUCCUUGAGAUAAUCCCUUGUAGCGCUCAGAUUGUUCCGACUCUGUUUUCUUCCCAGGCCCCAGUAGCCGCAUUCUUCUCUGCUCGCUCCCAACUCUCGAUUUUCCCACAAUCCGAAGGAUUUCAACUGCAGGUAGUGUGAAUGUGACACUGUGCUAUUGAAAGCCGAGAUGGUUACUGCAAAUGUUACUUGUCCUCAGCCCAUGGUGGCUACAUCGAAUGGGUUCUUCCAAGGGGAUAGCCCAUUGGAAUUCGCUCUUCCUCUAGUGAUUCUCCAGAUCUGUCUCGUGGUUGCCCUCACAAGGGGUCUUGCUUUCCUCUUGAGACCAUUGAGACAGCCCCGUGUGAUUGCAGAGAUAGUGGGAGGAAUUCUGCUUGGGCCUUCUGCUCUGGGUCGGAACAAGACCUACUUGCACACGGUAUUCCCACCUAAGAGUGUCCCGGUUUUGGAUACUCUGGCAAACAUUGGUCUUCUCUACUUCCUGUUUCUAUCCGGCUUAGAGAUAGAUCCUAAAGCACUCCGUCGAACUGCGAAGAAGGCUCUAGCUCUUGCUGUUGCAGGAAUCAGUCUCCCAUUCUUAAUGGGAAUCGGUUCCUCGCUUGUCCUCCGAGCAACCAUAUCCAAAGGUGUAAACGACACUGCAUUCCUUGUCUACAUGGGAGUGGCGCUUUCCAUCACAGCAUUCCCUGUCCUGGCUCGUAUUCUGGCCGAGUUGAAGCUCUUGACCACUGACAUUGGCAGAAUGGCAAUGUCGGCUGCAGCGGUUAAUGAUGUGGUGGCAUGGGUUCUUCUUGCUCUUGCCAUAGCAGUAUCUGGCUCUGGCAAAUCCCCCCUUAUAGCACUUUGGGUUCUGCUUUCAGGCUGUGGAUUUGUCAUUCUCGCCAUACUGAUCGUUCGCCCGAUCUUUAAGUGGAUGGCUCGAAGGUGCCAUGAAGGUGAGCCUGUCCAAGAAACCUAUGUAUGCGGUACACUAGCUGCUGUUCUUGCUGCUGGGUUUGUGACUGAUGCUAUUGGGAUUCAUGCCAUGUUUGGUGCUUUUGUUAUUGGAGUUGUAAUCCCUAAGGAAGGGCCUUUGGCUGGAGCUCUAGUUGAGAAAGUUGAAGACCUUGUCUCCGGCCUUUUCUUGCCUUUGUUCUUUGUGUCAAGUGGGCUCAAAACCAAUGUAGCGACGAUCGAAGGUCUCCAAUCUUGGGGUCUUCUUGGCUUGGUUAUUUGCACAGCGUGUUUUGGGAAGAUUGUUGGCACCUUCUUGGUUUCUCUUCUGUGUAAAUUGCCUGUUCGUGAGUCGCUUGCUCUCGGGUUCCUUAUGAAUACAAAGGGUUUGGUGGAGCUUAUCGUCCUCAAUAUUGGCAAAGAUAGGAAGGUUCUGAAUGAUCAGACGUUUGCCAUUAUGGUUCUGAUGGCUCUUUUCACAACCUUCAUCACCACACCACUGGUGUUGGCUGUAUACAAGCCAGCAAGAAAAUCACGAAGGCCAGACUACAAGUACAGAACCAUUGAGCGGAAGAACACUGCCACACAGCUCCGAAUUCUGGCCUGUUUCCAUUCUACAAGAAACAUACCAUCGAUGAUUAACCUUCUUGAAGCUUCUAGAGGAGUUCAGAAGGUCGAGAACCUCUCUGUGUAUGCAUUGCAUCUCAUGGAACUCUCGGAGAGAUCCUCUUCCAUCCUAAUGGUUCACAAGGCCAGGAAGAAUGGGCUUCCCUUCUGGAACAAGGGCCCUCGGGCAGAUUCUGACCAAGUUGUCGUGGCCUUCGAAGCUUUCAAGCAGCUCAGUCACGUAUCGGUUAGGCCAAUGACUGCAAUCUCUUCAAUGAUGGAUAUGCAUGAAGAUAUCUGCACAACUGCUGAGAGAAAGCGAGCUGCAUUGAUCAUCCUUCCAUUCCACAGGCAUUAUAGAUUUGACGGCUCACUCGAAACUUCACGACCGGAGCUACGAUUGGUCAGCAGAAAGGUUCUGACCCAUUCCCCAUGCUCGGUUGGAAUCCUGGUUGAUCGAGGACUCGGUGGUUCAACCCAUGUCUCGGGGAGCAACGUUUCGUAUCUCAUUAGGGUCAUCUUCUUUGGUGGUCGAGAUGAUCGUGAGGCCUUGACAUAUGGACUCAGAAUGGCUGAACAUCCUGGGAUUAGCGUGGAGGUGAUUCGGUUUGUGGUCAACCCUGAAGCUGCAGGAGGGGAGAUAGUCAGCUUCCAUAUGGCCGUUCAUUCCAGCUGCAUGAAAUCUCUGUCCAUGGAUGAGGAGAUGAUCUCUGAACUGAAGCAGACGGCGUCAAAGGACAUAUCUGUGAAGUACGAUGAGAAAGUUGUGAGGAAUGCGACCGAGACUCUGGAUGCGAUUCAGGAAGUGAAGCAGUGCAACCUGUUCUUGGUUGGUGCUACUCCUGAAGGAGGCAUUGGGUUGUUGCUGGAUCGCCAUAACGAAUGCGAGGAAUUGGGGCCGAUUGGUGGGCUGUUGACUUCUGAUUCUACUGUAACAGCAUCUGUGUUGGUGAUUCAACAGUAUAGUGAUGGUAAUAACAACCUGGCCACUUCGGAAGAGGCGGCUGUUUCGCAGUUGGAAGAAGGGUUGCAGGAGAAGAACAAAAGCUCGCCGGACUCUAACUGAGGAUGUCUCAUUUGCAACUUAGAGUGUAGGGAAUCAUGUAAUUAGGAGAUUCGGUAGCUUGAACCAUGGUGAUUGGUGAAGUUGUUUUUCCCCCUAGAUUUUAAUGGAUGGACAAUGGAAGGUAAUUGACGACGACUAAUAGUUUGUAACCAUUAAAAUCCUGUUGUUCUUCUUGUAGGCUUUUCCUCCACUUACUGAUCCGUUGUUUUUCCUUAGUCUGUAGUAAGUAGCAAUCAUUAAAAUCCUGGUCGG